AAGCGAGCAGAGACGCGGGGGCGCGUUCAAAGCUAGACCUGUAGCAGUUUCCUUGGCUACCUGAGCCCUUUGAGUCCAGUCAUCAUGCCUAUCCGUGCUCUGUGCACUAUCUGCUCCGACUUCUUCGACCACUCCCGGGACGUGGCCGCCAUCCAGUGCGGCCACACGUUUCACCUGCAGUGCCUAAUUCAGUGGUUUGAGACAGCACCAAGUCGGACUUGCCCACAGUGCCGAAUCCAGGUUGGCAAAAGAACCAUUAUCAAUAAGCUCUUCUUUGACCUUGCCCAGGAGGAGGAGAAUGUCUUGGAUGCAGAAUUCUUAAAGAAUGAACUGGACAAUAUCAGAGCCCAACUUUCCCAGAAAGAGAGGGAGAAACAGGACAGCCAGGUCAUCAUUGAUACUCUGCGGGACACACUGGAAGAGCGCAACACCACUGUGGAAUCUCUGCAAAAGGCCUUAGGCAAGGCUGAGAUGCUGUGCUCCACACUCAAAAAGCAGAUGAAGUACUUGGAGCAGCAGCAGGAUGAGACUAAACAAGCAUGGGAGGAGAUUCGCCAACUCAGAAGAAAGAUGAAAACCAUGGAGCAGAUUGAGCUUCUACUCCAGAGUCAACGACCUGAGGUGGAGGAGAUGAUCCGAGACAUGGGUGUGGGACAGUCAGCGGUGGAGCAGCUGGCUGUUUACUGCGUAUCCCUCAAGAAAGAGUACGAGAAACUAAAAGAGGCACGGAAGGCCUCAGGGGAGCUGGCUGACAAGCUGAGGAAGGACUUGUUUUCCUCCAGAAGCAAGUUGAAGACAGUCUACUCCGAAUUGGAUCAGGUCAAGGUAGAGCUGAGGUCAGCCCAGAAGGACUUACAGAGUGCUGACAAGGAAAUCAUGAGUCUAAAAAAGAAGCUAUCAAUGCUGCAGGAAACCUUGAACCUGCCACCCGUAGCCAGUGAGACUGUCAACCGCCUGGUUUUAGAGAGCCCAGCCCCUGUGGAAAUGCUGAACCUGAAGCUCCGCCAGCCAUCCUUCAGCAAUGAUAUUGACCUCUAUGCUACCUUUGAUGUGGAUACCCCCCCAGCUCGGCAUUCCAGCUCCCAGUAUGGCCAUUCCAAGAAGCUCUGCCUGGAGAAAGCCCACUCUGCCGUUCGGGACAUCCCCAAGAAGAUGCCCAGAGAUCCCAGAAAGGAGUCUCACCUAUCACUGGAUGGCCAGCGCUAUGCAGGAGAGUCAGACGAAGAACUGGAUGAUGCCUUCCCUGUCUUCUUCCGGAAUGCCAUCCUGGGCCGGAAACAGCCCAGGAUGGCCAGGGCAGAGUCUUGUCACAGCACAGAUGUGGUAAGGACAGGCUUUGAUGGGCUCGGAGGCCGGACAAAAUUUAUCCAACCUACUGACACGGCCAUGAUCCGCCCACUGCCUGUUAAGCCUAAGGCCAAGGCUAAGCAGAGAGUGGGAGUGAGGACAGUGCACCCUCCUUCCCAGGCCAAGCUGGACACCUUCCUGUGCUAGUGAGAACAGUGAGUCUGAGUAGUGGCCAGAUACAUGCCUACUUGUAGGCCAAGAACUGUCCAGGCAUGGGGUUUUCGGGGGAUGGCCCCUCUUCCAGAACCAGCCCUGAGAGCAAGGGCAGACAAGCAGGUGAGAGUGAGAGUGUUGCCCAGAGACUGCUCUUCCUGCUCUCACCCUGCCCCAUUCCUGCCACAUUAGGUCUACCUUUGGGAGCUCCAUGACCAGCUCAUCAUUCCUGUCAACAGGGCCUGUUCAUUGUCCCAGGCACCUAUUUAUGGCCAUGAUCAGAUGUGGCCGGGCUCCUUCUGGUCCUGGAGACCAGGGUUACUUGUUGACUAUAUGAACAAAGUGCUUGAGGCUUCUCAGGAAGCCUUCAACUGAGCUACUACCUGCCUCUGGUUUGCUGCUAGU